CACUGACAAAAUAUAGUAAAGACUGACAAAUUACACGCAGAGAGAGUCUCGAGAACUGAGCGCACAAGCAACUAGCUACUCUUUUACUUCACUGUCUCCACCUCCUUGUUUGGUUUAUCUACACUAGGGUUUUGUUCCCUAUUUUUCGUUAAAAAAAGCCUCCUACAAGGCAGAGAGACAUCUUCUGAGUACCCUUGGGGAAACAUUUCUUUGCUUAACGUAGAUCUCUGUUUCAACACUCUCUGUGUUGAGCCAAAGAUUUCCUCAGAAGAACUGCAAGUGGUGUGGGCCAGGUGGGAUUUCAAGAAGAGUACUUCUUGUGAGGAGGAUAGAAGGCAUAAUGCAGACACCAAAAGCAAAAACCAGCUCUUUGGAAGUGCCUCAGAAGAAAUCUCCCGCAACACCUCGAACUCGGCAACUCAAAACACCUGGAUCAGAAAACAACUCUGUCUCCCCAAAUCCAGCAAGUAGGACCCCGAAAGACAGAAGUCCUAAAGUCACUGAACGCAGAUUAUCUCAAAGUCCAGCAACUGAGAAGAAGCGCCCAAGCAGAAUAUCUGAAUUGGAAACACAGCUUGCACAACUCCAGGAGGAUCUGAAGAAGGCAAAAGAUCAACUGAACGCAUCAGAGUCAUGGAAGAGACGAGCCCAUCAGGAAGCUGAAGACACCAAGAAGCAGCUUUUAACCAUGUCAGAGAAAUUUGAGGAAUCACAACAGCAAUUGAUGGAGCUUUCUAGUUCUGAAGAUGUCCGUGUUCAAGAGCUCCGUAAAGUCUCCCAUGAUCGUGAUAAAGCUUGGCAGUCUGAACUGGAGGCCAUGCAGAAGCAGCACUCAAUUGAUUCUGCAGCCCUGGCUUCUGCCAUGAAUGAAGUCCAGAGGCUCAAAAAUCAGCUGGAAAUGGUAGUGGAAUCUGAAGCUUCCCAAACAAAACAUGCAGAAUCAGCAUAUGCUGAAUUACAAGGGCUGAGACUGGAACUAACUGAAACUCUCUCCCUUGUUGAAAAAAUGAAAACUGAGCUCAGUGAUACCAGGGAAUCUGAAGCUCAGGCCCUGGAACUUGUUAGUAAAACUCAAAAGCAAUUGGAAGAAGCAAAUGCAACUGCUGAAAUGCUGCAGGCAGAUGACGUCAAAGCCAUGGAGGCUUACAGGUCCCUAUCAUUGGAGCUGGAACAGUCAAGAGCUCAAGUAAAACCCUUGGAGGAACUUGUGAGUAAACUGCAAGCAGAUCCAGCGAACAUUUGUGGGAAAACAGUCAUGAAUCCUACAGGGGAUGUUGAAGUUUUGCAUGAAAGUGUAGAAAAUGAGGAAACAAAACAGCUCAAAGCAGAAAUGAACCUUUUGAAACAUGAAGUAGGUCAGUUGAAAUCCGCACUAGAAGCAUCUGAGACCAGGUACCAGGAAGAAUAUAUUCAAAGCACAUUGCAGAUUAGAAGCGCCUAUGAACAAGUUGAACGUACAAAGUUGGAAUCAGGCCACAGAGAGGCUGAAUUGGAAGCUGAAUUGAAGAAAGCCAAAAACAAUAUUGAAGAAUUGAGGGCUAACCUGAUGGAUAAGGAAACUGAAUUGCAGGGCAUUUCUGAGGAGAAUGAGGGACUGGCUUUAAAGAUUGAGAAAAAUCAGCCAAGUGAGAGGGAAUCUGAACUUGCAAUGGAGCUGAAAAAGUUAGAGCAUGAUCUGGCAGAGUUGAAGGCGAGCUUGUUGGAUAAGGAAGCACGGUUGCAGAGUGUAGCAGAGGAAAAUGAAACACUCUGGAAAGAAAUCAAGAAAGGGGAAAUGGAGAAAAGUAAGGUCAAUGAUGAAGCUGUUGCAUUGGCAGAAACUGCAAGGGCUGCAGAACACGAGGCUCUGAUGAAACUUGGUUAUCUGACAGAGGAAGCAGAUAAAAGUAGCAGAAGAGUAGCAAGGGUGACUGAGCAGCUGGAUGCAGCUCAGGCAGCAAACACAGAAAUGGAGGCUGAAUUGAGGAGGUUAAAGGUGCAGUCAGACCAAUGGAGGAAAGCCGCUGAGGCAGCUGCUGCUAUGCUUUCAACUGGGAACAACGGCAAAUUUGUAGAGAGAACAGGUUCUCUUGACAACAACUAUAAUCCUAUUCCUGGAAAUAUGGGCUCGCCCUUCUCUGAAGAUAUGGAUGAUGACUCUCCAAAGAAGAAAAACGGGAACAUGUUGAAGAAAAUUGGGGUCUUGUGGAAGAGGGGUCAGAAGUAGCCAGGCUCUCUGUCAGGGACUGGUUGGUGGCAGCUAAGUUUAAUAUGAUGAUAAAUUUGUUUCAAAGACUAAGUUCUUUUGAGGACUACUGUAUAGUUUUGUGGAAAAUGAUGAACUGAGGGGGUUCCAUUUUGUUUCAUCUGAUGGUUGCAGUGGCUUUGAUUUUCUCCACCAUAUCUAGUUCACUGUGUGAAGCAGUUGAUCUGUGCUAGUAUGCCAUCAGCAUGGAUUAUGUAUUAAUCUGUAACAAGUAAUCUGAAAAAUAGGAACACUUGUAUUGUAGUAUCGGAGACGAUAUGUUGCCGGAACUCCAUUCCAAGUUUACUUUGGCCCAUGAAUUUGUGUUUCUUGUAUUGUCCGAGACCAAGCUAGUUGUCUCGUCAUUCCUUCAUUGUUGUUAUGUAUUUUUGCUUGCUCGA